AUGAUCAAAAUGUUAAAAAAUUCUACAAUAUUUACUACAAAGCAUAGUGUUUGGAAAGUUUAAGAUGAAAAACAAUUAUUCAAGAAUUCAAACAUCAAGUAAGAUUUAAUACAUCCAAUUUCAAUCAUCAAAAAUUAAAAUACAUCUUAAAUAAUUUUAAGUGCUAUAAGAGAACUUGAGGAUAAUGUAUAUACUUUAUAGGACAACUAAGAUUUUAAAUAAUCAAUUAAGAUAUUUAAUAUUUUUCAUUUAGACUCUUGUAAUUCUGCCUUAUUUUUAACAUUAAACCAACUUUGCAAGUCUUUUUAUCCCCUAUCAUAAGAAAUAUGUAAUAUGCUUACUAAUAUCAAAGAAAUCUAUUUAUUAGUAAUUAUUUUAAAUAAUUUAAGUAAUAAAAUCAGAAAAUUUAAAAUGUUUUAAUUUUUUAAAAUAUUUAAAGUUAAUUUAAAAAUGAGAUGUUUAAAGCAAUUCUAUUGUAUAGUCUCUACUCCCAAUAAAGUAUCUUAUUUUUAUUUUAUAUAGCGACUAAGAUAAAACUAAAAUACUUGUUUAUAAAUCUAUCUGGCCUUAACACUGUUGAAUAAGAUUUUUAAAUAAUGAAGGAAAUUAAUUUAAUCAAAAAUAACAGUACAGAUGUGUAUUGCUUAUCAUUUCUAAAAAAACAUUUCUAAUCAAAAAUAAAAAAAGAUUAUAAAUAAAAUUCUUUUUUUGAUUAUUAUUUUUUAGAAAAUACAAAUGAACUAAUAAACUGGUUUUAACUUUAAAAUUACUUCAAACUAAUAAUUAAAAGAAAAAUUUAACAAUUCAAUCCUCAAAUAUGUAUAUUGUAAUUUCAUAUUUCUUUGGAUCAUUUAUAGAAUUCAGAGGAUGGUCUAAUGUUUGAAAACGAUUGCAUUUUGAAAACUGUUCAUUACUUUUCUAAAUUAUCUAAAGAGAAAAUAAUUAUAAAUUUAAUUAUACAGGAUAGUUAAUAAAUUCAUCAAAGUAAUCUAAACUAAUUUAAUUAACAAGGAUAGAAUAUAUUUAUAGAGCAAAAAAUGAAAUUAAAAUAAACGAUAAAUGCUAUUUAAUAAGGAAUAUUUGCUAAUAUAGAAAUUAAAAUUGUUGAUAACAGAAGUAAUAGUUAAAAGUUGAUACAUUUUUAGUAUUUGUUAAAUUAAUUACAAUUUAAAAAGCAUUAAGAAGAGGUUUAAAGAACUUUAAAUAAUUUUAUUUGUCAAUCACCUAUUACUCUUGUAAAUGAUUCCAAAUUAGAAAGUUUAUAAUUUAAAUACAUACCUUGUAUUGAUAAAAGUGGAUCCAUAUUAUUUUUUGAAUACUAUUUUGAUUAAUAAGAAAUUGUAAUAAAUAAUUCAACUUAGAUUAUAUAUCGAUAUUAAGACUAGAUUGUAAUCAUAUUUUAAGGAUAAUAAUUUAAGCUUUUUUAUUGUAAAAUAUAGUGUAGUUGUAUCAAAAAAAAUUGGUAAUAUUUCUAAUAAUAUUUUUAGCUCAUUGCUUGAUUUGAAAUAGUAUUAAAAUUUUGAUCAUAUAAAAUUAGAUGAGGAUAUGAAAUAUCCAACAAUUGCAUUAAAUGAAGAAAAGAUAUACUUAAACUAUGGGUAUUUAGGGGAUUAAAUUUGGGAAUUUAGUCUUUUGAAUUAGAGUGUCAUUAUUAAGAGAAGAAAAAAAUUGAAAAAAAUUCUAUUUUAUUAAGAUGCCGGAGAAUAAUAAAAUUAUAUUUUAGAAAGAGAAGGAGCAAGUGUAUUUUAUAGUUAAUUUGAAAAUGAAGAGAAAAAAUGCUAUUUUAUUUGUGGAGGAGAAUUAGGUUAGUACAGUCCGAUUUGUAAUAUUAUUGAGAGAAUAUUUUCUGAAAAUGAAGAAUUCUCUUCUGGAUUUGUAGAAAAGUGUUUAUUAAAUACAAGUUUGAAGCCUUUUUAACAUUCUUUAGUUUUAGAAGGGGAUAAGUUUGUAAUUUUUCUUCCUGGAGAUUUUAAUAGUAAAAGAUAUAAGUAUUCUUAAAUUAUGAAUCACGAACAUUAAAAAUAUGCUUAGGUUUUAAGAGUGACAAAAAAUUAAUGGAAGAUAGAAAAAAUAAUAAUUGUAUAUGAAAACGAAGAUCUUGGAAAGUAAUAUCCAAUUCAUUUAAUGCCAUAUAAUCAAUAGAAUGUAUAUUCUAUAAAUAAAGAUUAAUGGAUAGUUUGUUUUUUUGGAUUGCAAUUAAAAACACCUGAAUCUUUAAAUUAAUCAUCCUAAAUUAUUUAAAUGGAUGAAUAGAAUUAAAAUUAAUUUUUUUCUACAAAUUGUGAUGGUAAUGAAGAAGGAACUUUAUGCCAAAUGAUAAUCAAAAUGGAUAUCAAAUAUUAAGGGAAUUAACUUUAUAUUUCUAUAACACCAUAUUAAUUUGGCAAAGGCGAAUCAAUUAUCAGACACACAUUUUUAGCUCAAAAUUAAAAAUGA